GAGGAGGGAGACCAUAAUAAAGAUGUUCAGAAGAUCUAGAAAUCGUGAAGCAUUUGCUCGCGAGGCGGCGGAGACGAAGGAACUAGUGGAGAAAUACGGUAUAUUCGAUCUGAAAGGAUCUAGGUUUGGAUUAUGUGUAAACAAAUGUACUAAAGAUGAUCCUUGUCCUCGCUUCGUCCGCCUCUAUGCUAAGAUGGGCCUCCAUCGUUACAACUUGCUUCAGGGUACAAAGUUUAAGCUCAAAGGCGUACGGAAAUACAUUGAGACACUAGGUUCUCCUGCUGCCACUUAUUACAUCACUUUGUAUGCAAUUGACCAAGCUGGUGGGUCUUCGUGUCAGACUUUUCAGAUUCAAGUAUCGCAAAUGGGUUGUAACCAAUUUAUGCUCACGUGCGAUAUUGCAAGAAUUCGAGGGGAAUGUAAAAGUGCCAAACAAACGAUGCUUUUGGACAUUCGCUUGCCUGAGUGGCCGCCAGAAAAUCCUUUUGAAAGAUAUUGUCUGGGAAAAGAAGAGCUGAAAUCCAAUGACUGGAUUCGUCUAUAUUUAAAGCUUACACUUGCCACUAGAGUUAGGUAUGGUGACUCAAAAAUCCAAUUGGAGAUUGUGAACGUGGCUACAGAUUUGGUGCCUCCGGGGCUCAAUGCCAAAAAUGCAACCUUCUACAUAAGGUACAAUGACUUAUCCAAGAUUGCGCUUGGUGAAGUAUCUGAUGACAUUGCUAUAGUUAGGAGAAGGUUCGAUGAGGAUACUGGAUGCUUCGUUCUCGUGGGUCAGAGUCAUCGGAGUUCAGAAAUUUUACCAGAAAAGCUUCCGAUAAUCAGCAGGUUCUGAACUCUGUCUCUUCAGGAGUUUCAACAAAAUAAGAGAGAGUGGUUUGGCUCAUUGUCAACCCAAGAUAUGUUUGAAAGCUAAUCGAAUAAUUAUUAAUACUGGAUUAAUUUAAUUGUAUCAUGAAGUAGAUUGGUUUUUGUGUGAUUGUGUUUGAAUAAUUCAUCAUAACAUUUGAUUGCCGAAAUUGGGGAAAAUGUUAGACAUUCUUUUUCUUGCUCUCAGUUGUUUCCUUUUCAUCUCCCACUUGUAAUUGACAUGUGAUACGAAUAUACAAAUUCAAGUCACAGUUUUAGUUCCCA